AUGCUGAAAGCUGGGUGCUUGGCGGUACUAGCCGCUCUUUCCGGACAUGCGCAGGUGCGGAAGCUGACAGCAGACCUGCCCAGCGUCGCACUGAGACAGACGCCGGACGAGUUCGUUGGAGCCAUGCUAGACAGCGACAGCGAGAAGCUGAUUGAAGCUGCGCCACACAAUCUGACAGAUGACACGUCGCAGCUACAGCUUUGGGCCACUGGUAGCACGGAGCUCCAAGCGCUGCAUCCAGAAACUACGGAAAGCAAUGCUACUUUUUCAUAUCCUGCGCGCGCAUACAAUGCACGGAGGGUCUUCCUCGCCACAAAGGAUCCAGAAGUUGUAGAUCAGACUCUGUCACCAUCUUCAGUGAUUGCGGUUUUGCCUCGGAACAACGGAGAAACCGAAGGGCUGGGCAGCCUUCUACAACACUACCACAAAAGCCUAUCGUAUGCACUGGCUUUGGGGUUACCUUGGUUAGGAACCUUGCGCAAUGCGCAUGAUGGCAUCGACUACACCGAAAUCUUGGGUCUUUGCCAGCCGCUCUGCCAAAACCGCUCAGACUUGACAGGCUUUGCAAGGUUGGAAGUACCUGGAGAGGCAAUCCAAAUGGAACUUGGCAUCUUCAAAAUGCUUAGUGUUGUGCAAGAGCCAGCACUGCUGCUCGUGAAAGAAAGUGGUAUUGACCAAGGCCACACAUCUUACCUCAGCCCAUUGAAGGAAAGAUUCUUUCAAUACUCCAUGCCAGCAAACUAUUGUCCGCAGCAGCCAUACGUGGCAUAUCAUUUUCGGUGGGGCGACCUCAAGAAGGAACAAGGCAACGUCAGUGACAUAAAUUAUCGAUCCAUCGCAAUUGACGAUGGUGUCGCAGUGAUUAAGAAGCUCCAGCAGUUGUGCAACUUCAGCGUCAAGCUUCUGAGCGAGGGGCCUGAAGUGAAGACUGCCUUUGCAGCAAGAUUUUCUGGUGACUUUGAGUACCUGGAUGGCACUACAUCAACCGUCACAGAUGCGUUGCGUACUUUUGCAUGUUCUACUGCCUUGAUUGGGGGCAAGAGCUCAUUCUCCCUUCUGGGGGCCUUAUUGUCGCAGGGCGUCGUGCUUGCUCCCAAAGAAUACAUAAAGUACAAGUCGCUAAGCUUUGUGCAGGAUUUUCAGCCGCUUCUAAAAGGCAGUGAAACGGCGCUGGCGGCACUGAAUGCAGCUUUGCUCCAGGCAGCAGGUGCAGACUGGUGCCAAGGACGGGUGGAACCUCCGACUGGUGUCCGCAGACCUCCAUCGUAG